AUGCCGAAAUCGAGGUCUAACGAGGACCUGGGCAGGUCCAACCAGCAACCGCAGCAGUUGUUAGCUUCGAUACGCAAACAGUUUGGCGGCAACCGCCGCCCCCAGCUGGACGAGAGAAAUUGGGCCACGCUCAAGGAGCAGGCGUUGAAGAAGGCGGCGGAUCUGCAGCAGAAGGCAUCGCAGUCAGCCAAGGAGGGGGUGGAAGGGGCGCGGCUUGUCGUCGCAGACCUGGCCCGCGGCGAUGCCAAGCAGGCAGGCACGCGAGUGGGAGCGGCAGUGGAGCGCGCAGGGGACUCGGCUUUCCUCAUGGGCAUAUCGCGCCUGAUGAUAUGCAUGUAUUUUAUAAACACCGUGUACGAUAGGUAUGGGAGCUACCAGUUUACGCAGCAGCCGGAAGUGCUGGAGCGGGCAAAGCGGUGGCCGCAGCAUUACCCGGUGAUCAGCUUUCCCUACCUGAGCGUCGGCAUGCUGCUGCCAUGCGCUGUGCUGGCAGCGCUGGGCAUCAAGGUGUUGUUUUGCGCUUGGUUUAUGGUGGCCUGGGAGGUCUUCGACUCGCUCAACCUCCUCAUGAUGCUGCUGUUCAGUGGCGUCAAGCCGAACGAGUUGGUGGUGAAGCGGCUGGCGAUGAUGGGAUGCACAGCACUGGUGCUGGCGCACAGCAUGAAGGAGCAGCGGGUACAGAUCAGCAGCUACGCGGGGCUGCUGCUCUCCGGCAACAGCCGGAAGCGGCAGCCCAGCCGAGCCAAGUCACUGGUGCUGUUGCUGGGCCGCCUGCUCAUGGCGCUGCUCUUCAUCUAUCUGGAGCGCGUGAUCGCCCGCGACUUUAUCCUCGUGAACCAUCUGCCGCACUCGCAGCUCCCGCCCACCGACGCAGCGGCGGUGGACACCGCUGUGCGGGAGGGGCAGCAGCGUGACGAGCUCAUCGCCGCUUGUGAGGCGGCGCUGGGCCGCACCGUGCAACGCCCGUCAGGGCCAGCCGUUUGCGCAGAAGCCUGCAGCACCCGUGCGCUCAUCCUGUUCAACGUUUUUGCGUUGGAGGGGUUCCAUAUUGCCGAGGCGCUGGGCGUGCCCUGCCUGGCAGCCUCGCCGUGCCUGGUUCCAUAUGCCAUGCCGGCUGCCUUUGAGCGCCGGUUCCGGCAGGCGAACCCGAGCCUCUACCAAGCCUUGAAGGCGGCCGACGAGCACCGACAGCAGCCGGUGGCAGGGGCCAACAGCAGCGCAGCAAACAUUGGCAGCACUGGCAUUGCCGGCAGCGUGGGGUGGGCAGAGGUACGGCAUUGGCUGUGGCCGUUGUUCACCGAGCGCUGGGGCGCCUGGCGCCACCACCGCCUGGGCCUGCCAGCCGUCCCAUACUCAGACUGCCCACCUGGCGUGCCGCUGCCACCAGCGCCGGCGCUGCUGUAUGGUGUGAGCGAGUCGGUGGUGCCCCGGCCUGGCUUCUGGCCCUCCACGGUGCACAUGCGGCUGGCAGCCUCUGUUAGAGGCCUGCAGCUGCCAGCCUAG